GAUCUCAGAAUGGCCGUUUCUUCUAAGUCUGUAGCCUUAAUUCUCGUCGUCCCCAACUCGUUCGUAGGUCGACCACCAUCUUUUAGCUAAACGCCUAGGCAAGGACAUUGCAGCAAUGGCGAGUAAUCCUACCAACACUACACAUCCAACUCUUACCACAACCUUCACACCUGCGCCAGAAUGUACGCAGUUGACGAUAAGUACCUGCUACGGGACGAAUCGCUGCCUCGGUUCAGCUCUGAGGAAUGAUCAUUGUAGUCAACCUAACUACGCAUGUUUCCCCGAGUCAUCGAUUUUCGAGACCACAGAUUACACAUAUGCGACGCCGUACGUGACAUAUUCGCCAGCGAAUAUAUGUCCUCAGGGAUGGUCAACAGCCGCAGCCGCGAUAGGUCCCGAUGGUGUAUGGUGCUGCCCCAAGUGAGUUGCCUCCGUCGUGGUGAUACGCCCACCAGAUCACAAUGCUAAUGUUAUGAAUGAAGUGGCUUUGAAUUUAACCGAGAUAUCCAGUAUUGCC